UUACUGGGAAGCAGCUAGAGAGGCCGGCUUUGAGGUUGCCAAGGAGCGGCUGGCGGCUGAUCUUCCGUUUCCGGUAACUGAGGCACGAGGAUUCGGCGUUCCAACCCAGCGGGAAAAUGCGGCCUCUGACUGAAGAGGAGACUCGCGUAAUGUUUGAGAAGAUAGCAAAAUAUAUCGGGGAGAAUCUUCAGCUGCUGGUCGACAGGCCCGACGGCACCUACUGUUUCAGGCUGCACAACGACCGGGUGUACUACGUGAGCGAGAAGAUUUUGAAGUUGGCCGCCAAUAUCUCCGGUGACAAGCUGGUGUCGCUGGGGACGUGCUUCGGAAAAUUCACUAAGACCCACAAGUUUCGGUUGCACAUCACCGCUCUGGAUUACUUAGCACCCUAUGCCAAGUAUAAAGUGUGGAUAAAACCAGGAGCAGAGCAAUCCUUUCUGUAUGGGAACCAUGUGCUGAAAUCUGGACUUGGUCGAAUCACUGAAAAUACUUCUCAGUACCAGGGAGUUGUGGUGUACUCCAUGGCAGACAUCCCUUUGUGUCACUCUUCUACCCAGAGAGCGCCAUCUAACAAUGUGAGAGCUAAAGACCACGUGAGAUCUGCUCAGACUCUACUUUCGCAUCAUAUGGAAAUAAAUCAGGCCUCAAAAACACAGACCAAGAUAAUUUUUUAAAGGACCAGAGGGCUACAGGAGGGUACAGAAGUAUAACGGACUUGCGACCUGAAGCCAACAAGAGCAGUUAAAAAGCUGCGAGAAAAGGCAAAAUUGUGUAAAUGUGACACUUGCUACAGUGUCUGCCUCAGCAGACGUCACUGUCCCAGUAAUGCUUCCUAAAGAGUGAAGGAAGGUGACUCAGGAAAAGGGUACUUACAGGAGCGGAUUGUUUUUAAAUUAUGAAGUAUUUCAUAACAUAGUAGAAGCAGAUUUCUGAAACUGACAAAUUUGGACUGCAUCAGACUUGGAUGUGUUCUAGAACAUUUAUAUCCUGUUUGAAAAAUAUUUAAUGCCACUUUUAUUGAUUCUGUUACUUCUCCCAUUUUCUGUGUAAUCUUGGUUUUGCCAACUAUGUUUUUGCCAAUGAAAGGUAAUUUUUUUUUCAUUUUUUUAAGCUCUAUUGCAGUAUGAAAAGGUAAUUUUUAAGGACAAAACCUUUGAAAUUGGCAAAGGAUUACUGUUGCUGCUGUGUUACAAAAGUCUUCAGAAUCUCCAAAACUAAGGUUUAUUAUUAGCAUGUAGAUAUUUCCAUUAGAGUGCAAAAUAUGUGGUGGGACAGAUCCUAAUGCAAAUGCUGUGAAGUUCAGUAUUAAUUAAGGAAAAGGAAAGUUUCUCAUCUUAGAAAAAAACAUAUAGAAACCGGUAAGAGAUUAUUUACUUAAGAAAUAUAGGGAAUGACCACUUCUACCUUUUCUAAUUAAAAGACUUCAGGAAGGACAUCAACUACAAUUAAAUAUAGGAUUUAUUAAACCAAACCAGGAAUUUUCUUUAAAGUAUUAGUUUGAUAGUCUCCAUUGUUUAAUGGGAAAAGACAUAACAGAUUCCUCAUGAAUCACAAUGAGGAACUUUUAAACUUUUUCUAGUUUAGAGACAAGCAGUUUCUGGAACACUGAUGUGACAGUAACAUGCAUCUACACUUCAGUAAGUGUCAAGAAGAAACCAAUGAGAAUCUUCUGGCUUACCCUGAACUUGAAACAGUUCGUCCUCUUCUACCCAAGUGUCUUUUUCUUCAACCCCAUUAGAGCUGUUCCACUUGCCUUUAGGUACUCUGAGGGGACAUCAACAAGAGGACAAGGUAUAAAACAAAAAGUCAUCCCAGGUCAUCCCAUACUCUGUCCUUAGCUCUGCUUGUGGCCCUGUAUUCCUCCCUGUUCUGCUGUGACCACAUUUGAGAUUCACCUACACACCACUCCCAAACCUUGACCUGGCCAGGCCUCUCCACGUCAAUAUCCCCAGCCUGUAGGACCAUCUUAAACUCAGCACUGGAUAUAUCACGAUCCCCCCCUCAACAAUCUGUUCAUUUUCCUGUUUGGUUUUUGUUGUGGUUUUUUCUUUUUUCUUUUUUUUGGUUGGUUGGUUUGGACUCAUUACUGAUUUCAGCAUUCUUUUAACCCUCCAUCACAGACAUGCUCUAUUCCUAUCUCUGGACUGCUCUCCUUUCCCUCCACAUUCCCCUAGUCCAAAGCCCAUGGUCCAUCACCAGUAUUACACUAGCCUCUUAACCAGAGUCUCUCCCCCCAGCCCCUUCCCUUUCCAAAGCUACUUGAACAAUCAUCCUAAAAUUACCACAUCCAUCCUCUAUUCAGUGAUGGCUUCUCACUGCCUAAACAAUGAAGCCAAAUGCUCAUAUGGGGGAAUCAAGAUCAUGCAGUUUGGCCCGUCAAUUUCUCAUCGGUUCCUCCUCUCUCCACCACCUGCACCAACCAGAGAGCUGCGCCCUCUGCUCCUCCUUCCUCUGUAAGUUCUGUGCUUUUCUGCCUCUUUAUUUACUGUACUCUCUGCUUGGGAUUCCUUUCCCUGUCAAGUGAAGUCCUGCCAAUCUUUCAAGGCCAUCAUUCUCAAUGAAGCCUGCCCAGUACACACAAAAAGCCCCCCGCUUCUCUGACCUUAUGAUAGUGCUUCCACUUUAUUACACAACCAUUUCACGACAUACCCUUAACCAUAAGCAUCUUAAUGGCAGGAACCAUAUCCUCAUUUGUCUACCCCAAACACCUGGCACGAUAACACACACCCUAAUAGAAGCUGGAGAGAUGUUAGCUGAACUAAUAAUGGAAUUAUCAAAAAGCUGUAAAAGGAAUUAUACCAUCAAAGAUUAGAAUAGUAAGCAAACAAGAAUCCUUCCUGUGAACAUGAAAAUUUGAAUCCUUGGGUGCAAUCAAAAGCAGUCCCAAAGCUGAAAAAUAAUCCAAAACCGAAGUUAUUAAAUAAAUGAAAAUUAUAGUCAGUCUUACAGAACAUGGCACAACUCUGACCUCAGAAUUAUAACAUCCUUUACAAAACAAACAUGGAAAGUAUCUGAACUAAGUUUUGAAGAAUUUAUAUAGAUCAAAACCACCUGAAAAACCUGACCAAGAGAGUAGAGACAAACUGCUGUCUCCUUCCCUGCUAUGAAAAAAUUUUAUUUUUUGUCUGGGUAUUUUGCAAGUGACUAAUGGAAGCAGUUUGCUUAAAAGUGCAUACACUUGAAAAAAAUCCCUUGCGUUCUGUAAGUUUUCUAUGUAAUUACCUAAGUGGCCGAGACAAAUGGUGGACUCCACUUUUCUUUGUUUUUAAAUUGGAUCAUAUCCCCCAAAGGGUUAUUUCUAAGAAUAACUGAUUUGCUUG